AUGUCCACGGACACGGAAAUCGCCCAGGCGGCCAAUGACUGGGUGGAAACCAGACUGACGGGGAACUCCGUCAACGACGCCUUCGCGAGAGAGAUGGAAACCGCGUUCGGGGACGCCGAGUGCGACAUCGCCGACGCCGGGACGCAGCUGGGACCGACGAUCUCGAGGGCUGCUGGAGGACUCGAGGAGAUGUGCAGGCUCGCGGAGGGAUUCGCGGCCGCGUGUCUGAGAUGCGCUGCGGACCUGAAGCACAGCGCCGCGCUGCGGGUGAACCAGGCGGCGGUGGGAAUGGACAUGCAGCGAAGGGCGGGCGAGAUGGAGCAGGAGAGUGCAUCUUGGCGCCUGCUCGCCUUCAUGGAGUUGGGGGUGAUCGACCAUGGCUCAGGGUCGGGCGACGAGACGUUCCACACUCAGCCGCAUCAGCCGGUUGACUUCGCGAGCGUUCUCGGUCGGGCUGUCGGCGGGAAGGGUAGCUGGCGGUUGAUACGGCAGGAGGUCGCGGAGAUGUUGGAGACCAACUCGGAGGUGUACGGGGCGUGGUCCGCGGCGCUGGAGCGGUGCGCGCGCAUCGUGUCGUGGCUCGAAGCGACGGCGGGGGAGCGGCUGGCGCUCGAGGAGGGCACACAGCUGCGCGACGCAGUCUGGAGGUGGACCCGGGCGCAGCGGCCCGUGGACCGCACGACGGCCAGCGAGUUCCGGGCGCUGGAGGAGGCGGAGGGGCGCGGCCUGGUCAAGGAGCUGGACCCGGACGCACCGUCGCGCGAGGGGCGCGCCAUCGCGGGGGAGGACGCGCGCAACGAGGCGGCGAUGCUCCGGGUGGUGCUGGAGAGGAUGAUGGCGGGGCGCUGGGACCAGGCCAUGACCGCCUUGGGCGAGUGCCGACAGCCGUGGCGCGCUGCCGCUAUGCAAGGCUGUCUCGUGACUCUCGGGGGCGCCGCGUUCCACCUGGCGCGCAUGUGCAACUCUCAGGACGCCGAGACCGUGGCCCAGCUGUCGGAGGAGCUGUUCGCGGAGAUCGAGUCGAGCCUGUCCGCGGCGAGCAGUCCGUCGUACCAGUCGAGGGACGGGAAGAGCAUCGGCCUCGGCCAACAUUUCCUGCGACGGUGGGCGUUCCACCAGGCAGCGGCGGCUGCAUCCUCGACGGGAGGCGACCUCGGAGCGCUCGAAGCGGCCUUCUUCGGCACGCUCGCUGGGUGCAUGCAGUACGUGCACCCCGUGUGCACCAGCUGGGAGGGUGCUGCUUGGAGCACGUUCCGCUGCUGGCUGGAGCUCGCGGUCGACCAGGCCCUGGUGACGGGUCAGGACACCCUCGUGGACAUCAUGGUGCAGAGGCCGGCGCGGAUCGCGGGUUCGCUCGAGGAGCAGGCGACAGCGGCGGCGUGCACCGAAGGGUCGUGGCCGCCGCAGGACGCGUUCGAGGGGCUGCCGCAUUUCGAUGCACAACCACAGGAUGUCGUGCGCAGGCUGCUGGACAAGGUGGCCAGCAUCGCGGGGCGCAGGGACGACAUGUUCGGCGAGUACAGAGAGCUGCAGAGCACGCUGAUGCUGGAUGGAACCCUCGACCUGAUCAGCGGCCUGGCAGAGGACAACACCCAGCAGCCCGAGUGGCUGCUGAGGUUCGGAGCGCACGCAGCUGUGGUGCUCUGCGGCACCCGCUACGCGAGCGACGGCGAUCUUGACCUCCAGGUGCUUGAACGGCUCAGGGACACGCUGCUGCGUCGCUGGCUCCUCCAUCUCAGGUCCCAGGGCGAGGCGUCCCUGGACCUGCUCCCCAUCUACGCGCGGCACUUGAACUACUCGGCCAGCGGCGACACCAGGCGACCGGGCGACGACGCGCGGGAGUUCUACCGGAACCUCUUUCUGCACGUCGAGCUAUCUGCGGACGAGGAGCGGCGCCUCUUCCUCCGUGGCUGUCACUGGGUGGGCCAUGAGCGCAUUCAGGGCGCUGUGCGCGACGCCCUCCUCACCACGCAGGCCGCCCCCGAGGUCGACCACCCCGGCUAUCCCCGGCCCAAGAUGUGCUACGGGGACCGUCCUCCGGCCUACUACGGCGUGUUUACGCCGGCGCAGCGCGUCAAGGCCCUCUCGUGGGGGGCGUACACCAGUCCAGCGUUCCGGCGCACGCAUUUGCUGCCGGAGACCGUUCAAACGCUGCGACUGCUGGCGAUGACGCGGAGUCGUCACGCGCACAGGGCGUACUUGGCGGGGAGGGAACGCGAGAUCGCGAUGACGCUGAGCCAGCUCCGACAGGACUCGGACGACUUGUUCCGCGACGACGAUCAGGCGGGCGUCCGAGAGACGCUCUCCGAGUUCCUGGACUGGGACAAGUUCUUCCUCCUGCAGGGCGACUACCACGCCCUGCUCGACCUGCUGAACGGGCGCCAGGAUGAGAGCAGCGUGCUCGCGGCGCAUGCCUCCAGGGCGCGUGAGUUCGUCAACGGGGUCUGCGAACGCCUGCAAAGCCUCGUGUGGCCAACCAGGUGGAGCGACCCCAUGGCCAUCACGGCUUCCCCAGGACCGCUCCCCGCGCCUGUCUCCUCAGACGAAGCGGUGGACGUGCUGAUCGGCCCCACGUCCCUUGCGUGCGGCCAGCAAGGAUGGACCGAAGACGAGGCACGGGAUGCAGCUCUGGAGCUGAAACGGUUCGCGAUUGAACUGGGCGCGAGCUUCCUGACGCGCUUACCGGCGCGCAGUGCUGUUGCCGUUCACGAGUCGGGCGGCUCUGGCGCGCAGACAGACUCAGUCUUUGCGGUCCAAACAGAGCACGUGCCUCUCCUCUCGGAUCGCUCCCAAUGGGUCGUUCGCAUGCGCGCACGCGUGAUCGAAGGCCAAGGCCAGAGCGUCGGCUUGUCCGCGGACGAGCGGCGUCUUGCGCUGGCGUACGCCACGGCGGGUGCCACGCGCCUGUGCCCCCCUGCAUCAGGCGAAGCUCGUCGCGGGGAGCCGGCCGUCGAGGGGCACCUCAGCAUCUUGUGUGCCAUGGACGGCAGCGCCGACCUCCGCCCCGGGCCUGUGCAGCGCGAUCUGGCGUGGUGCUUUGCUGUCCCGCAGCUCGUCGUUCAGGCGUCCCACGUCCGGGCCAUCUUCAAAGACGUUGCGUCCCGCGGCGGCUCGGAGUCUUCGCCCGGCCAUCAGCAGGGCCAAGGGCCUCAGGACAUGCUCAGCCCCGUGCGUUCAAGCGCGGCCCGGAACGAGACGUUCGGAAUCGGGGUCCUCGACGUCCUGCUACCGACGGAAGCCUCGUUCGUCCUGCGUUCCGAGGCCGCGGUGCUGCAGCAUGGCAUGGUUGCAACGGGGGCCUCGCUACGCAUUGGACAACCAACACCGUGA